AUGGCCGACCCAAUCGCCAGGUCGCGCUCCUCGCGCGCCGUCUCCUCCACCAGCUCGCGCCGCGACGCCAACGACCGCCCCUCGCCCAUUGGCGCCGCCAAGGACAAGAAGGACCCGCCCGCCCUCGAUUGGUCCAAGUUCAACUUCAACUUCACCGUCAAACACCAUCCCUUCCCCAAGGACACCGCGAGGCCCGCCAAGAAACGCAAGCGCAGCUUCGCCCGCAAGCCCGAGCUGGAGGAGAACGCCUUCGACAAGUCCCUCAGGACCCUGUACACGGUCGAGCCGGCAAAGUGGUGGAACGGCACAAAGAGGUACCGCAAAUUUACAAUUGCCACCGAGACGUUUCGCACCGGCGAGAUUGUCUACGUGAAGCCUGACGAGUACGAGGCCCCCGAUGGCCCGCUGGAAAGCUGGGUCGCCAAGGUGCUGGAGGUGCGCGCCGCGUCGGAGCAGCAUGUCUUCCUGCGCGUCUUUUGGAUGUACAGGCCCGAGGACCUUCCUGGCGGCCGUCGGCCUUACCAUGGCGAGAACGAAGUGAUAGCCAGCAACAGGAUGCAGAUCAUCGAUGCCUUGACGGUCAAUGGCAAGGCCGACCUGAAGCAUUGGACCGAGGAGGACGGCGAUGAUGUGCCCGAUGCAGAUCAACUAUUCUGGCGUCAGACGUUUGACUGGGCAAACGGCACGGGCACCGGUGUGCUCUCCUCUCUCCGCAAGCACUGCAUUGAUGAGGCGCCAUUCAACCCGGACUCCCUGCUCGUUCAUUGCGACACGUGCGGGCUCUGGCUCCACUCCGAAUGCCUCGAAAUCGAAGCCGUCAAGCAAGCUCACGCGAAGAAAGGUCUUCCGGAACCAAACCUGCUCCCAACCUACCAGCAAUCGGCACACUUUACGCAAGCUGCCGAAAAUGGGGAUGGCUCUACACAUCCCAAGGUGGAUGCACAAGCGAAGACUGAGCUGGUGGAGCCGGCCUUUAUGGCCGAGGUGAAGACCGACUUGGACGGAAAAAGCUACGUCCUCCUCAAGGGCACAGGAGAGGGGCACGAAGGAGAGGAGCUCAAGGAAGAAAUCCGCUGUCUGAAGUGCAACGCGCUGAUUGAAUGA